GAUAAGAGGAACUUUUUCUUGCAUCAGACAACUAAUGAAUGGACCCCAAAACAAGAAAGCAGCCAAUCGUGGGAAUUUCUGACACUCUCCAUCGCGUUUACCUCUUCUUCUCGAUCUUCUUCUUUGAUUUUGGUUGCCGCAAAUCCCUGAUAAAUUUCAGGUGAGGAAAUUGAUGAUCUCUGGUGCGGAAUUGAUUUUUACAAGUAAGUAUCUGCUGUAACUUACGGAAAUGAAUGACACAUUAGCCAUUGAACCAAAGAGGUGUUGCCUAUGUCAUAGAAUUCUUUCAUCUGAGGUGGUUGAACCCAUGGCCAUGAACAUAUGUGGGGAUUGUAAGUUUUUGUUUGUGGAGGACACAGACACCCUCACACUCACACAGCACUCAACUCCUACCACAAGGUACAACAGCAGUCCAGAAUCUAUUGAAAAUAUAUUAUCACAAGAAUUUCCAGAUAUGAUCAAUCUAGCCAGACAUAUGCAGCCUAUAGUCUCUGAUCAUGACCAUGGAUAUCAAUCCAGAUCAAGACAAUGGAGGAGAGUUUUAUCUGAUACAGAAAGUGAUGACUUUGAUUCUGUUUUUGAGGAAACUGAUAUCUUUCCAUAUUCUAAUUCCAAUUCUGGAAGUUAUGACACAGAUUCAGACUCCAUCCACAGUGAUCUUAACCAAUGGAACUCGGAUGACCAUGAUGAUGAUGAUGAUGAUGAUGAUGAUGAUGGUGAAAACACACAUGGAAGUUUGUUGGGUAGGGCUCAGCUGCACAGAUCAUUGGCGACAAAUGGACGGAAUCUCUCGGUGGAUUGGCUUAGGGAGGUUCUGUCUCCCGAGGCCGGAAUCGGAAUCGGAAUCAGUGAAAGGAGAGGAAUUGAUGGUAACUUGGAGGAGCAAGUGACAUGGCGUAGUGUUGGAGAGUAUCUUGAUGGUGAGAUUGACAGAGGGGCGCCUCCUGCAUCUGCUUCCUUUGUGAAGAAUCUUGAACGUGUGGUGGUUGGAGAUGAUGACGUGGAGGGUUUGGGUUUGGUGUGUGUGAUUUGUAAAGAUAGUGUGUGUGUUGGAAGUGUAGUGAAUCGACUUCCUUGUUUACAUGUGUAUCAUCCUUCAUGUAUUACACCAUGGUUAAAUGCACAUAAUACUUGUCCCCUUUGUAGAUACGAGCUUCCUACAGAUAGUGACAGGAGGAGACCAGACAGAAGCCAUGCAUUGGUGGGGGAGAGUGAGAAUGUGAGUGGUGGUGGUGGAGGAGGAGGGUGGUGGUUUGUGGUGGCUCCGCUAGUGAGUGUGGUGGGUAUCGGUCUUAUGCUGUGGUUGGGGGGAUGUAGUAGUGGAAUGGAGAACAUAAGCAGGAGAUGGUGGUCUCUCUUGUAGUAGUGAAUUUUGGUUUUCCUUCAUGUCUGGUUGUACAGAGAUUUGGUUCAUCAUCAUUGAUUUUGCUUAAUUUCAAGGAAAGAAAUUAGUUAA